GCCCGGGGCACGUCUGUGAGAGUGGAGUUCCCAAUGGAUAGCUUAAGAAUAACUGCAAGGACUGAAUCGAGGAGUCGCUAACGCAGGAGAAAGUACAAAACCUGAAUGUUGUUGCCAACUUUUACGGCAUUAAAUGUACGACCUGUUUAUAAUUUUAACUAUAAUACCAAACUUCAAAGGAUCGUUAUAAAUGAGAAAGAAGUUUAUGCGUUUUGUUUGCUUACUUUGCUAGGAAUUGUUUUUGCUUGACGUCGUUUAAGAUUUAGCUCGCUCGCUACUUCUGUGAAAAGUUAAGUUAAAGUAGGCGAACUUUAAGUUAUUCAUCAGCCUGUUGAAAACGGAUUUUUCUUCACCGUAUACCUAAGCUAAACACUGGGCCGUAACGAGUGGAUUGUGGUGUUUGUUCAAUGGAUGAACUCUGCAACCAGAAAGUUUUCUGUCGACUGGGGCUUGAUCAGAUUUUCUGAAGUUACAGUCUUCGCGUGGAAUGACUGCAGCUGUCUCCUCGUGAAAAGGAAAGCAAGAUCCCGACUUCGCUUCACUCACUUGGCAACAAAGGAAAUGUAACUGGAGUUAAAACUGCAUGUUGUGUUGUGUAACCAUUGUCGCUCCGACAAGAAUAAAUGCUACACUUUUUCUACACCCGUGACAUAGUGAGAGCUACAACGAGAUGCAUUGGUAACGUUAGCUGAAUCCAACCGUUCGGCAAACAAAGAGGAUGUCGAGACGGUCUGUCGGUUUGAUUGACGCCGACCACAUACAACCAAAUCCAUGCAAAAAAUGGAGAGAAAUGCUACAGUGCGGAGGACGAUGUGGUUGCGACAUUACUGAAACAUUUUUCUGAAACAUUGGUUUUAUUUGAACUGGAUUAUCGUGGACCACCAGGCCGUUUUUAAAAAUACACCACCUGAAACAUUUUGCGUGCAUUCAUCUUGUUUGGAUUUACAGUUACCCCCUCUUAUGUGCGCGGUUUUAUUUCUAAUAUUCAUUAGAGAUGAGGGUCCACAUUGCAGACGUCUUGCGAGUCAUUGCAUUUUUGUUUUUGACGAGCGAUGGCCUGACAAUAUCUUCUGAUUGUAAAACAUCUGAAGAACGUCAAAGAAACACUGGGAAAGGUUCCUCUCCCGCAGCGACGUUGGAGAGGGUGGUGUGCAGCAAUAUGGACCUCGAUCAGGUGCUGCCUUCAGAUUCGUUUACCAACAGGACAGUGACCCUGAUUUUAAACAACAAUAAAAUUCAAGAACUGAAGAAUGGCUCCUUUCUUGGCCUCUCUGCACUGGAAAGAUUGGACGUUCGGAACAACACCAUCAGUCACAUGGAGCCCGGGGCGUUUUCGGGACUGCUGGCCCUCAAAAGACUAGAUUUAUCGAGUAACCGAAUUGGCUGCCUUAACGCGGAUGUAUUCAAGGGCCUCUCAAAUCUGGUUAGACUGAAUCUGUCGGCAAACCUGUUUUCUUCCUUGUCCCAAGGGACCUUCGACAGUCUCGUCUCUCUUAAGACGCUGGAGUUCCAGACGCAGUACUUGCUGUGUGACUGUAACCUGAGGUGGCUCCUGCAGUGGAUAAAGGAGAAGAACGUGGGCGUGAAGGAUACUCGCUGCUCGUACCCGCGAUCGCUGCAGGGCCAGCUCGUCACCGCCCUCAAACCAGAGCUCCUCACCUGCGACGCCCCUCUGGAGCUGCCGUCCUUCCAGAUGACUCCGUCCCAGCGGCAGAUCGUGUUCCGCGGCGACAGCCUGCCCUUCCAGUGCAUGGCGUCCUACAUCGACGAGGACAUGCAGGUGCUGUGGUACCAGGACGGCCGCAUGGUGGAGCCCGACGCCGCCCAGGGCAUCGUCAUCGAGAAGAGCAUGGUCCAGAACUGCUCUCUCAUCGCCAGCGCCCUCACCAUCUCCAACAUCCAGCCGGGCUCCACGGGGAACUGGGAGUGUCGCGUGCGGACCAGCCGAGGGAACAACACCCGCACCGUCCACAUCGUGGUCCUGGAGAGCUCGGCCAAGUACUGCGCCCCGGAGCGCCUGUCCAACAACAAGGGCGAGUUCAGGUGGCCCCGCACGCUGGCGGGCAUCACGGCGUACCUGGCCUGCAACCGGCUGGCCUCCAGCACCGGCCUCUACUCGGGCUCCUCCGCCGACGACCGGCGGGCCUGGCGCCGCUGCGACCGCGGCGGCUUCUGGGCCGAGGACGACUACUCCCGCUGCCAGUACCAGAAGGACGUCACGCGCGUGCUCUACAUCAUCAACCAGAUGCCUCUGAACCUGACCAACGCCGUGACCACGGCCCGGCAGCUUCUGGUCUACACGAUGGAGGCCGCCAACUUCUCCGACAAGAUGGACGUCAUCUUCGUGGCUCAGAUGAUCGAGAAGUUUGGGAAGUUUGCGGAAAAGUACAAAGAGCUGGGGGACGUGAUGGUGGACAUCUCCAGUAACCUGAUGCUGGCGGAGGAGCGGGUGCUGUGGAUGGCGCAGCGGGAGGCCCGGGCGUGCUCCCGCAUCGUGGAGUGCCUGCAGAGGAUCGCCAGCCACCGGCUCGCCAGCGGGGUCCAGGCCUACUCCACCAACUCGCCCAACAUCGCUCUGGAGGCCCACACCAUCAAGGCCAGCAGCUUCAACGGCAUGACCUGCACGCUGUUCCAGAAGCUGACCCCCGAGCGCGCGGGCCUGAGGGAGCUGGGCGCCCGCGACCCCGACAUGAACCUGGACAAGCAGCUCAGCUUCAAGUGCAACGUCUCCAGCACCCUCUCCAACCUGGCUCUCAAAAACACCAUUGUUGAGGCUUCGCUGCAGCUGCCUGCCUCGCUGUUCUCCCAGUACUCCGGCCAGGCCGAGGAGACCUUCUACAAGCUCCACCUGCUGGCCUUCAGGAACGGGAAGCUCUUCCCCGCCACCGGCAACUCCACCCAGCUCGCCGACCAGGGCAAGAGGCGUAGCGUGGCCACCCCCGUCAUCCUCACCAAGAUCGAGGGCUACCCCCUGAGGAACCUGCGGGUCCCGGUGAACGCCACGCUGCGCCGGUUUGCGCACGGCGCGGACGCCGCGGCGGCCUACUGGAACUUCAGCCUGCUGGGAGGGCAGGGCGGCUGGGAGUCGGAGGGCUGCCGCGUCCUCCACUCCGACGACAACUUCACCACCAUCUCCUGCAACUCGCUCAACAACUACGGAGUGCUGAUGGACCUGAGUAGAGGGGAGUACGUCUAUCCCAGCGCUGACCUUCUCCACCCAGUCAUCUACGCCACCGCCAUUAUCCUGCUGCUGUGUCUGCUGGCUAUUAUUGUGAGCUACAUCUACCACCACAGGUCGGUCCGGAUCAGCCGUAAAUGCUGGCACAUGCUGAUCAACCUGUGCUUCCACAUCUUCCUGACCUGUGGCGUGUUCAUCGGGGGCAUCACCCAGACACGCCACACCAGCGUGUGCCAGGCUGUUGGCAUCGUGCUGCAUUACUCCACUCUGGCCACCGUGCUGUGGGCAGGAGUGACGGCACGCAACAUCUACAAGCAGGUCACCCGCAAGGCCAAACGCUACGAAGAGCUGGACGAACCGCCACCACCGCCCAGGCCCAUGCUGAGGUUCUACUUGAUAGGCGGGGGAAUCCCCAUCAUUGUGUGCGGUAUAACUGCAGCGGCUAACAUCAAGAACUAUGGAAGCCGUGCUAAUGCACCUUUCUGCUGGAUGGGGUGGGAGCCCAGCCUGGGGGCCUUCUACGGGCCGGCGGCCUUCAUCAUCUUCGUCAACUGCAUGUACUUCCUGAGCGUGGCGGUGCAGCUGCGCCGGCACCCGGAGCGCAGGUUCGAGCUGAAGGAGGCGGGCGAGGAGCAGCAGCGGCUGGCGCCCAGCGAGCAGGGCGAGGCGCCCGCCCCGGACUCCGCCUCCGUCUCCCAGGGCGACUGCUCGGCCGUGUCGCUGUCCGCGCUGGAGAACGAGCACACCUUCCCGGCGCAGCUGCUGGGCGUGGGCUUGGCGCUGCUGCUGUUCGUGGCCCUGUGGCUGUUCGGGGCGCUGGCGGUCUCCCAGGAGUACCCCGCCGACCUGGCCUUCAGCUGCCUGUUCGGGGUGGCGGCCCUGGGCCUGGGCGGGUUCCUGGUGGCGCACCACUGCGUGAACCGCGACGACAUGCGGCGGUACUGGGUGACGGCCUGCUGCCCGGGGCGGCGGGAGUACUCUGUGCAGGUGAACGUGGCCCCGCCGGGCCCCGGCGCGGGGGCCGAGGAGGCGCCCAAGUGCCCCAACGGCAGCGCAGAGUCCUCCUGCACCAACAAGAGCGCCUCCAGCCUCAAGAACUCCUCCCAGGGCUGCAAGCUCACCAACCUGCAGGCCGAGGCGGCCCAGUGCAAGCCCCCCUCGGCGCCGGCCCCGGCCCCCAGCAACGGCGCCGCCCUGCUGGACAACAGCCUGACGGAGCACUCGGUGGACAACGAGAUCAAGAUGCACGUGUCGCCCGUGGAGGUGCAGUUCCGGCCCAACGGGCACCCGGGCCGGCACCACAAGAGCCGCACGCGGGCGCACCGGGCCAGCAGGCUGACCGUGCUGCGCGAGUACGCCUACGACGUGCCCACCAGCGUGGAGGGCAGCGUGCAGAGCGCCGGGCCCCACAGGGCCCGCCACGCCGGCCCCGAGGGCCACGCCCGCAGCCGCCGCGCCGCCUACCUGGCCUACAGGGGGCGCCAGCACGGCCACGCGCAGCAGGACAGCAGCGACGCCAGCGCCUCCCUGCCCCGCCGCUGCCGGAGCAGGGGAGGGGGCGGGGGAGCGGGAGAGGGGGGCAGGGAGGCGGCCGCGGGGGGCGAGGCCGAGACGCACAGCGGGGGCACGUCCAACGCCAGUAAAGACAGCUUAAAGCAGUCCAUCACUGUGGACCUGGAGGCCCAGCCCAAGUCCUACGGCCUGAACCUGGCCAACCAGAACCCGGCCAACCAGAACCUGGCCAACCAGAACCCGGCCAACCAGAACGGGCAGCUGAAAGACAGCAGGCAGGGCGCCCCCUUGCUGGGCUCGGACGGUAACGCUGGCAACAUUAAGACUGGCUUAUGGAAACAUGAAACUACUGUGUAGCGAUUGUUCCCGGCUGAACUCAGAGCGCCCGGCGUACUUCUCAUGAACUGUGAAUCUUGUUCCGUAUUUUAUUUAGUUUAAAUUUAUUUUAUUUUAUUUCAGAGACGCCAGAGACGAUUUUUAAAAGCUUUAAAAAAAAAAAAAGAACGUUUUUUUGGAAAUAUCUUUUUAAAAAAUUGAACUGAAAAGCCACAGUAAUUGUGUAUGUGAAAUUUGAGUGAAUAUUUGUGAAGAGCACCAGGGUUUGUAAGAAGAAGCAGCUUUUACCAUUUUGUAAAUGAUCUAUUUUUAUAUACUUUUAACCCUGUCCAUCACAGAUUUUCUAUGUGAAACUGCAUGGCCUGUGCUGUUGCCCUGUGCAUAUAUAAUGGGCUGGUAUUUUUUAUUUUCUAGAUCUUGAAUUUUGUUUUUGCAUAAUAAACUAAAUGUCUCUAAUUGCA